UAAAGGAUAAUAAAAGGGAGUAUAGAGAUGAGAACCCCACACACAAGAAACAAAUCCUUUUGCAGCCGGAAGGGAUAGAUAUGUGGCAUAUGGCAGCAGCUGCUAAAAGCACAAGUCAUUGCAGGCCCAUUGUCAAUUCUACAAAUCUACAAACUUACUCAAUCAACCUCUUCAUAUAUGUGUCAAUGCACCUUUCUAUUCUAACUUAGUUGAAGCAGCAUGGGGAAGGCAAGCAGAUGGAUCAGAAAUUUACUGAUGGGGGGGAAGAGGGAGGACAAGGCCAAGGCGUUCCCACCCGAGACCUGCACGUCUACGUCGUUGGGCAUAAUGGUCGUCGCCACGCCUAAAGUGAGACGGAGAUGGAGUUUCAAGAGACCACCCGGCCCCAAACCCGUCACUCACAAGAGCAGUAAAUCGUUCGACUCAAUCUACAUGCCGAAGCAAGACUUACUGGCUCUGCCUAUGACUCCUCCUACGUUAAAUGCACAUGCAGCUGCCACCAGAAUACAAGCUACCUAUCGUUCUUAUUUGGCGAGGAGAGCACUGCGGGCGUUGAGAGGAUUAGUGAAGUUGCAAGGCUUGGCAAGGGGUUACUUGGUGAGGAAACAAAUGAAUACCGUGCUGAGGUCCAUCCACGCUGUGAUGGCGAUUCAAGUUAGAGCUCGGAUUCAAAGGAUCCAAAUGGGGGAGGAUCAACCGCCCCUCGUUGUGGGAAGGAGAAACUCUUACACGGGGCCAUCAUCAGCAUCUGAUAGACAACUUGGAAAACUAAUUAGUGAAAAUGCAGGUGAUGGGAACAUUUUGGCAACAAGCAGAGGUUUAAGAAGCAGAAGCGGGCGUGUACCUGCUGAGAGAGUGGAGUAUGGAUCGAGAGUGUAUAGCUCCGGUCGUCUGUCAGUCUCUCAAAGAGAAUAUCAGCUGAAAAUGAGUCCCAGUCCAUCAACACUGUCCUUCACAGAUUCAAGCUCAACAACCUGUGAUGGACAACUAGAGGAAUUUUCAUUAAAAAUGGCGAGAAGAAAUUCAAGACGAUACUCUGCUAGCCCAGAAAAUAAGCAUCCAUUUAUCAUACCAUCUUCACAGAGCCAAGAUUAUAUGCCCUCUAACUCCACCAUGUUUCCAAAUUACAUGACCAAUACAAAGUCAUCACAAGCCAAGGCCAGAUCACAUAGUGAACCGAGGCAGCGCCCUAAGCAGAAAGGCAAGCGAUCAUCAUCCAUGGAUGGGAAAAAUGAUAAACAAAAUGAGUACCCUUGGCUUUGCAAGCUGUAUCGUUCUGACAAAUCCACUGAUGAAGGAGACUGUGAUUCCAGUAUAGGUGCAAUGGCUGUUAUUUCCAAACAUAUGCAGUCGUUAGUCCCAUUUGAAGGGGUAUGUGCUCUGUCAUUUUCUUUUACUGGAAAUUUUGCUAUGUUUACAUACUUGAGCUUCAGAUAUAGCUGGCCUCUGAUUUCAUUUAUUAAAACUGCAGCCUCCCAUGAAUUUGUAUUGAUGCUUCAGCUUCACGGUCGAGAUCGGGGUCUUAGAGAUCAGAACAAGAGAUUAGCAGCAAUUCAGUCACGGCCACGGAGAUCAAGAAGUACACCGGAAGUCUCUAAACUGUAGCCACUGCCUCAUUAUGUAGAUCCUCUGUUUUUUACAGUUCUUUUUUGGGCUAAAAGAAGACAUCAGAAUCAGAAACUAAGGCUUUGAAAUAAUUUAUCUAUUACAUGAUUCUUUAGGAGAAA